UGUAGUUUGAUCAUGAGUUCGGUUCUGGUCGUGGUUCUGCUGGCGUCGGUUCUGUCCGGACCCACUGUGGCCUUCGUUCCCAUCGGAGGAGGAGCGUCCACUCAUGUCAGCAUCACAGGAACGGCUCUGCUGCAAAAAGUCACAGAAACAUGUCGGGCUGUGGCUGAGGCUGCUGGGCACCAGUUCAAGCCCACGGGUUCCUCCCCAGAGGAGCUGGUCCAGGCCUGUUUAGGACCCACAGCCACUGGAGAAGUGUCCGGGGCCAAGUUCCACGCUGCUCUGCAGGAGAUCUACAUGCAGAACGGAUUAGUAGACCGAGACUUUGUCAACAGCGCUCCUCAUCACUUUAACUCAGAGGCCUUUCUGGAGGGGAGGGGCCUCAUCAUGGAGGGCAUGGCAGCCAUAAAGGCCAACAUCCGCAAGGAGAACUUCCAGGCGGCCAGGGAGACGCUGGGCCGAGUCCUUCACAUUCUACAGGAUUUCUACAGCCACAGUAACUGGGUGGAGCUGGGAAACACAGAACCAUACGUGAACCUCAUCCGCCCAGACCUGCCUCUGGAAAACUUAGCAGAUGUGAGCACCCCCACCUGCAGUGACUGCACCAGUGGAACGUGUCCCAAUCCCAUCCUUCCCAACAUCCUGAAGGAGAAGAAGCUCACAUCAGGAUACAUGGGAAUUUUCUCUGAUGCUAAGCCUGCAGGUAAAUGUAGUCAUGGUGGUCCAGGAGACCUGACCAGCUCAGCAGUUCCUCGUGGAGGCAUCAGUAAAGACGAGCGUCGCUCAGACAACGUGGCGUUCCACACGGCUGCAGUGAACGCUGCCACCGCCGCCAGCCUCCAGCUGCUGGAGGACGUCCGCCUCGCUGCAGGGGACAAGGACUUUCUGAGAAUGAUGGGAAUCGCCCACUCCUCAGUUGUGUGCUUCGUCAUUGACACCACAGGCAGUAUGUCCGACGACAUCGAAGAAGCCAGGAAUGUGGUUUAUGAAAUCAUUGACAGCAAAAAGGGAACGCAGGAUGAGCCGUCCGAGUACAUCCUGGUACCGUUCAAUGAUCCCAACUUUGGACCUAUGAUCAGGACCACAGACCCAGAUAAGAUGAAAAAAGAAAUAUCCAAGCUCACGGCCAAAGGAGGGGGGGACAUCCCUGAAAUGUGUCUGUCAGGACUUCAGUUGGCUCUCACUGGGGCCCCGGCCUCCUCCCACAUCUAUGUUUUCACUGACGCCACUGCCAAAGACAUCGCCCUUAAGGACACCAUUGUUGCUCUGAUUCGAAGCACCAAGUCAACGGUGUCGUUCUUCAUGACGGGGUCUGGGAAGAGACGCCGUCGUUCGACCACUCGUGCUUCUUUUGAUGACUAUAGAGACCUGGCUCUGGUUUCUGGAGGACAGGCUAUCCAAGUGUCCAAGAGCAAGUUACCUGAGGCCACCGACGUCAUUCUGGACACGUCCACCUCUGCUCUGGUUACUGUUCUUCAGCGAGCAAGGAACCCUGGGAGGUCGGAAACCUUCCCCUUCGUUUUGGAUGAAUCACUGACAAACAUCACCAUCUACAUCACAGGGACGUCUACCAGCUUUACACUGACAAACCCUGCAGGUGUGAGCCAAAGCAGCAGUGAAGCCACUGGUAAACUGGGAACCAUCCAGUCUGUGGGCAACUUAAGGAGAAUCCGCCUCAAUGAUGACAAACAGGCCGGAACCUGGCAGAUCCACAUCACCUCUGCCCAGCCAUACACUCUGAAGGUCACAGGUCAAAGUAUUGUUUCCUUCAUUUACAACUUUGUGGAGAGUUUCAAGGGACCCCACCCAGGUUAUGCAGUACUCAGCGGGCGUCCACAAGCAGGCCAACCUGCCAAACUGAUGCUGUCCGUCAUGGGUCGUAAAGGUCCGUCCUCGCUGACCGUUACAGACGUGGGUCUGGUCACUGUUUCCAGUUCAGAGGCUGUCCGCAACGGCACAAUAAGCGACAUGGGCAACGGAGACAUCCUGGUGACGGUGGAAGAGGUCCCUGAGGGCGAGUUUGUGGUUAUUCUGAAAGGAACCGACAAAGUUUCCAACAGUGAAUUUCAGAGACAGUCCACCACCCAGAUGUCUGUCUCUAAAGUCACCAUCCAGGCUGUAAUCGACAGAAGUAUGGAACCAGGAGAGGCCUUCCAGCUGCCCUUCAGUGUCAUGACGCAGGGGUCCGGUGGGCGAUACACCAUCAGCGCCAGAAAUGACAGAGGCUUUCCAAUGAAUUACCCCAACAGCCUCACAUUGACGAGUGGAGAAUACACCAAUGCAACAGUGACCAUCACCUCCCCUGCGAACACAGCGUCAGGCACAGACGUCACCCUGACGAUGGAAGCCAAGUCCUCCACUGGUGUCGACUCCAAUUACGCUGUUCUAAGACUGUCUGUGGUCACCAAGAUUACAGAUUUUGUGCAGCCAGUGUGUGCGGUGCUGCGUGUCCUGGCUGACGACUGUCCCACAGACGUGUCCCAGUGUUCUCCUUUCCAGUGGGAGCUUUCAGCCAACCUGACUGAUGGAAAUGGAACUGGGAUAGAAAGCAUCACCCUGCGUCAGGGGGACGGGACCCUCUCACACACCUCGCUCAGUCAUCCCACCGUCCAGGCUAACUACAACGCCUCCUGCUGCUCGCAGAUCGUCGAGUUCGUUGCCGUCGAUAAAGUCGGUAACGUCGGCAGGUGCUAUCACUCCAUAGUGCGCUCUGGCGGCCCCCCCGCUCUGACUGUGUCAGUGCCGCUGCUGGUGGUCCUGCUGGGGUCUGUCCUCAUAGGCGGGCCUUAG